AGGAAGUCUGUAACAGCUGACCAGAGUAGACACAGAGCCACAAAUCGUUUCUUUGUAGAAAAUUACUCCAGCGAUUACUGACUGCAUUUAAUUUGGUAUAAAAGCUCACCAGUUAGAAACAUUCUCCAUUGUUCAACAACAACAAGUUGUAUGCAGUUGCAGUAUAAACAUCCUGUGCCCUGACUGGAAUGCUCAGAAGAACCGUACAGAUACUGACUGGAAACUGUGUAAAGAGCAAAGCAUUUUCAAACCAGUUUUACCUAAACAAGAGGAGAAUGUCACGUCAGCUGCACGCUCGCCGUAUUGAAGGAGUGGAAAAAAAUAUUUGGCUGGAGUUUACCCAGCUAGCUGCUGAUUGCAAGGCUGUGAACCUCGGCCAGGGGUUCCCAGAUUUCUCCCCUCCAGACUUUGUGAAGAAAGCCUUCGUACAAGCGACUGGGGGAGAAGAUUUCAUGCUGCACCAGUACACCCGGGCUUUUGGCCACCCUGCUCUGGUGAAGAUUCUGUCUCAAUUCUUUGGAAGGAUCAUGGGGAGGCAGAUUGACCCUCUAGGAAAUAUACUGGUCACAGUGGGGGCCUACCAGGCUCUGUUCUGCACGUUUCAGGCACUGGUGGAUGAAGGAGACGAGGUGAUACUUAUAGAGCCAUUUUUCGAUUGUUAUGAACCGAUGGUGAAAAUGGCUGGGGGCCGUGCUGUGUACGUGCCACUGAGACCGAAAGCAGCGCAGGGGGCCGCACUGUCCAGCAGUGACUGGGUCUUGGAUCCUGAAGAGCUGGCUAGCAAAUUCACCAAACACACAAAAGCCAUUGUUCUGAAUACACCAAACAACCCACUGGGAAAGGUGUAUAAGCGAGAGGAGCUGCAGGUGAUUGCAGACCUGUGUGUGAAACACGGAGCUCUCUGCAUCAGUGACGAGGUGUACGAGUGGCUUGUUUACGAUGGUGCAGAGCACGUUAAAAUAGCCACCCUGCCUGGGAUGUGGGAGCACACGAUCACAAUCGGAAGCGCAGGGAAGACCUUCAGUGCCACAGGAUGGAAGGUUGGUUGGGCAAUGGGCCCUGAUCAUCUUCUGAAGCAUGCAAAAACAGUCCACCAGAAUUGUGUGUAUCAUUGUGCAACAGCAGCCCAGGAGGCUGUGGCCCACGGUUUCCAGAGAGAGUUGGAUUGUUUUGGGAAGCCAGAGAGUUACUUCCUACAGUUCCCACGGCAGCUCCAGCAGAAACGCAGCCGCCUGGCACAGAGCCUGCUCGCUGUGGGGAUGCAGCCCAUCAUGCCCGAGGGCGGGUACUUCCUGAUCGCAGAUAUCUCCACACUCAAGGCAGACCUGCAAGACUCUAGCGAUGCCAAUCAGGAACCCUAUGAUUACAGAUUUGUAAAGUGGAUGAUAAAGAAUAAGGGUCUGGCUACAAUCCCAGUGUCUGCCUUUUACAGUGCCGAGCACAAGAAGGACUUUGAAAACUACGUCCGGUUCUGUUUUGUUAAGGAGGACUCCACACUAUGUGCAGCUGAGAAAAUCUUGAAAGAAUGGAGUCCACAGAAAUGAGCACCACACUGGAGGGCAUGGCCAGUCCCACUGCCACAUCUUUAAAAGGAUCUAUCUAAAGCCUGCACACUAAUGUCAGCCCUUCUGCAUCUAUAGUGAUUUCUCACUCUGCUCUUAAAUGCUUCCACCUCUUUAAAACAGGCAUUGGUAUGCACUGUAUUAAAUUCUGUUGAUUCUGUUUUGCACAUAGACGCACCUUUAUGUGAAUCAUAAAGAGAGCUGUAAUGAAUGGCAGAGAGCAAGCCAACCCCUUCCAUCUGCCAUCUGUAAAUGCUAAGAGGUGCAUUUUAAUGAGAGUGGAUGACAUUUACAUUAUCACUUUUCUUCUGUGUGCCAGCCAGGAUUUCAAAUGCCACUUUGGUUUGGUUAUGUACUAUCAAUUGAGUGAUUUGUGUACUGCAACUGUUUUCUUCCCAAGUGAAGUUUUAAUCGUUUUAAUGAAACCUGCACCGAAAUUGUUUUAUGCAAAAAAAUAAAGCAUCAAUGAAGUGUCCUACAUGCUGUAUUUUGUUUUAAAAAUGGUUGUGUUAUUAAUAUGUGAAUGGCUAGCAACAAAAUAUUAAAGGAGGGGUAUUGUUUUAUUCA